UCUGUCAUGGAGCUGCUCUCUUUAUUGCUGCUUCUCCCAAUCCUACAUCUCUUCUUCACAAUUUGGAAGUGGGUUGAUAACAAGAGAGACCAAGAGUGUUACAUUUUAGACUACCAAUGUUACAAGCCAGCUGAUGAUAGAAUGGUAGGGACUGAGUUCUGUGGGGAGGUGAUAAAAAGGAACAAGAACCUUGGCCUCAACGAGUACAAGUUCCUGUUGAAAGCCAUUGUCAGCUCCGGGAUUGGGGAACAAACCUACGCCCCAAGAAUCAUGUUCUCUGGCAGAGAAGAGAGCCCAACAUUGUCAGAUGGCAUCUUGGAAAUGGAAGAAUUUUUCUAUGAUAGCAUCGGGAAGCUCUUGUCCAGGUCAGGCAUUUCCGCUCAGGAAAUUGAUCUUCUAGUCGUCAACGUCUCCAUGCUAUCUGCGGUUCCUUCUCUGUCUACUAGGAUCAUAAAUCACUACAAAAUGAGGCAUGACAUUAAGGCUUUUAACUUAACCGGCAUGGGAUGUAGUGCAAGUUUGAUUUCUCUCGACAUUGUUCGCAAUGUUUUUAAGUCCUACAAGAACAAGUACGCGUUGCUAGUAACCUCGGAGUCUUUGAGUCCAAAUUGGUAUGCAGGCAACGAUAGAUCCAUGAUCCUUGCUAAUUGCUUGUUCCGUUCUGGUGGCUGUGCAAUUCUUUUGACAAACAAGAAGUCCUUAAGGCAUCGUGCAAUGUUCAAAUUGAAAUGCUUGGUGAGGACACACCACGGAGCCAGAGAUGAGUCCUACAAUUGUUGUAUCCAGACGGAAGAUGAGAAAGGAAGGAUGGGAUUUCACCUUGGCAAAAGCCUUCCCAAAGCAGCUACUCGUUCUUUUGUGGACAAUUUGAGGGUUAUUUCCCCUAAGAUCCUGCCUGUUAGGGAACUACUUCGGUUCAUGGUAGUGUCACUUGUCAAGAAAUGGAACGGCCGUGGUUCUUCCAAGGGAACUACCCAGGGACCAAUCAAAGCUGCGGUGAACUUCAAGAGUGGAGUGGACCAUUUCUGCAUCCACACAGGAGGCAAAGCAGUGAUUGAUGGGAUUGGGAUAAGCCUUGAUCUUACUGAGUAUGAUCUGGAGCCGGCUAGGAUGACUCUGCAUCGAUUUGGCAACACUUCUGCUAGUAGCCUCUGGUAUGUUUUAGCAUACAUGGAAGCCAAAAAGAGGUUGAAGAAAGAAGACAGAGUGUUCAUGAUAAGCUUUGGAGCUGGUUUUAAAUGCAACAGCUGUUUGUUGGAGGUGGUGAGAGAUUUAGGGGAUGGAAAUGUGUGGAAAGAUGAAAUUGACAGGUACCCACCAAAGUCAUUGGCUAAUCCUUACAUGGAGAAGUACGGUUGGAUCCAGAAUGAAGACCCUAGCACCUUCAAAAUUCCAGAGUACUAGAGAGUUUUAAAAGAAGAGAAAGACAAACAACAUAGAAACAAUUUGAAGGUCUUUUUUCUUUUCUUCCCUUUGAUUUCCUGUCUGAGAUUAUUAAAUUACUGUAUACUGUUAAGUUAUUGUAUUGUUAAAUCCCAUGGUGGAUUCAUCACCAAUAAGGUGGGCAGCUUCCAAUAUGGUUAGAAGUUUGCCAUACCCUAUUGGAAGGCUGGGGUUCUUCUUCUUCUUCUUCAAAUUUUUUCUUUUCCCUUCUACAGGGUUUGAUUAAUUGGCACUCCUUAUUAUUUCAAUUUAAGGGAAAUAGAAAAGAUUUGGCUUAUAGUUUCAA